AUGGCUGGCUUUCGAGACCUCAAGAACGCCCGCCAAUCGCGACACAAAACAUCCUACGGCAUCUCCAGCUCCACCCCAAAAGCUCCCAUCUCUCCGCCCUCACAACAAUCAGAAGAGACUACACAAGAUCCCAUCGACGCUUCCACUCUGACACCUUCCCGCCUCAAACCAACCUCCGAGUCAACAAGUGCAUCUACAAAGACCGAGAUACCCAAGAUGGCGGAGGGAAAGAAGAGCGAGAUAUCAAGCUUGUACGCCGACGAGCUGAAGAAUGCGAGUCUGGAGGUAUGGGAUAUCCCCGGGCGGGGAAGAGGUCUUGUCGCUGGGAAAAAGUUCAAACCGGGCUCCCGGAUCCUCAAAACGCCCACAGCAACCUCCGUACUCUCCACCCCCCACCUCACCACAACCUGCCACGGCUGCUUCCUCACCCCUUCCGAAAAAAAAAUCAUUCUAGCUUCUUCUGGAAAAGGUAUCGACAGCGCUGGCGCAAACGUAAAAUUGAAUCGAUGUAGCGGUUGUAAAACCCUGCAUUACUGCUCACGCGAAUGCCAACUAACAGACUGGCCCUCACACAAAUCCGAAUGCAAAGCCCUCUCCCGCCUACGCACCAUGUACCACCUCACCUACCCCUCCCGCCAAUCCGACGCGUCCGACGUCAGAUGGGCCGGCGCCGACGCCAUCCGCGCUCUGGGCCGUAUAUGCUGGACCCGAAGAUCCAAACUCGUCGAGAGGGAUGGCGGUGAUUGGUGGACCCGCCUCGAGGGGAUGGAGAGCCAUGUCAAGCAGAUGCAACCAGAAGAAGCUAUGAAGCUCGGCAACCAAACCCAACAUCUCGCACACUACCUCUCCGCCUCCGACCCUCUCCAACCCGACUCUGAUCCCUCAUUACUCGAACCCGCCGAUAUGCAGACGUACGGCUUCAACUCUGUCGCUGAAGUCAUACACCUCUGUUCUGCCAUGAAAGUAAACGCCUUCACCCUAACAUCCCCCUCCCUCACCCCUAUCGGCAUAUCCAUCUCCCCCCUCCUCGCGCUCGCCAACCAUUCUUGCGCCCCCAACGCCGUCGCCGUCUUUCCCCGCGGCGGGGGCGAGAUCGACUUGGUUGCUAUUUCUGAUAUCGCCCCUGGUUCUGAGACGUCUCAACGCCGUACCACCAGCGCCAACCCGAACUGCUCGACCGCUACCGUUUCGCCUGUCACUGUUCUCUAUGCCAGCUCUCCGAACGCCGGGAAGGAGGAGGAGGAGGGGAUGAAGAAUGGGUGGACCCUCGGUGGUGUGUCUGGCACCCUGGGUGCGGGAAGAAAGGUAUUGGGAGGAUACCUCGUAGCGAUAACGUCCACCGGCAAAGUCGGGACAAAGUGCAACAGCUGUGGGGACAAGUUUGACGUCGAUAAUGACGCGCUGAAAGCGCUGAUACAGCAGGGGUACGAGCUGUUGGAGAAGGAAGAGAAUGGCACACUCGACCCGUCCCCCGCCCUCCAAACCCUCUCAACCCUCCUUCCCCAACUCCUCUCCCUCUCCCCACCAUCAUCCCACCCCCUCCUCGCCCUCCUCCACCUCUCAGCCCUCCUCCUCUCUCCCCCAAAAUCCCCCUCCUCCCUAAGCCUGGCAACCCAACACCUCGCCCUAGCUUCUUCCGCCUCCUUCCUCUCCCUCCCCCCCAACCACCCCUCCACAGCAGUGACCCUAGCGAAAUGGGGCAAACUCCUCUCCCUCGACCAAGUGCGCCUUCCCUCAGAAGGGCCCGAGGGCGCAGAGAUGCUCGUCAAACGCCUCGAAAUGGCAACGGUCGUUCUGCGCAAGGCUCUGACCGCCGCCGAGCUUGGGUUUGGAGCGGAGGGAGGCGUGGUGGGGUUGGAGAUGGAUGGUCUGGUCAAGGGGUGUGAAGGCGAGUUGGGAGUUUAUAGAGCGAAGAAGAGGGGGUUGGUCUAG